AUGAUCGCUCUAGUAGGACCAUCUGGUUCAGGAAAAUCAACAUUGAUCUCAUUAUUUGAACGCUUUUAUUUUCCAACUAGUGGACAUAUACUUUUAGACGAUAAUAACAUAGAAAAUUUAAAUCUUCGCUGGUUACGUUCACAAUGUUCAUAUGUUGAACAAGAACCAAUUCUAUUUAAUAUAUCCAUACAAGAAAAUAUUUGUUAUGGACUAGAAGGUGAAAUAUCUCAAGAAAAAAUAGAAGAAGCAGCUAGAAAAGCAAAUGUUCAUCAUAUCAUCAAAUCAUUAGAAGAAGGUUAUAAAACAAUUUGUGGUAGUAAAGAUAGUUUAAAGUUGUCCGUUGGAGAAAAACAACGUAUUGCAUUGGCUCGAGCAUUUAUUCGAGAACCAAAAAUUUUACUAUUGGAUGAACCAACAGCAGCACUUGAUGCUAAUUCAGCUGACAUUAUUCAAAAUGCUAUUAAUGGUCUUAAUCCAAUGCCGACAUGUUUCACUCUUACACAUCGCUUAUCAACUAUUGCUAAUAAUAUGUCAACGGCUCAAAUAGCAGUUGUUAAUUAUGGACAAAUAUGUGAAAAAGGCACAUAUAAUGAACUCAUAAAUAGACAAGGAGGAAUUUUUCAGCGAUUAGCCACUAUAUCACAAACUUAA